UUUGGAUUAUUCAAUGUUGCUGACUGCUGACGGAGAAGGAAGAUUGUUCGUGAUCGUGUAUUGAAAGUUUAUUAUUAUUUAUGUAAAUGAUCCUAGAUCAUUUCAAUCUAUUGCAGUUGCUUGCAAGUGAUAAUAGUUUCUAGUAAUAGAAAUGAUUUUUCCAUUGUCUGGUUAUAUUAGUUGGGAUUUCCAAGUCCCUGUCUGAAUUACAUACAUAACCUAUUUUAAUAGAAAUGAAAGUGUUAGUGACUUGUAAACGGAGAUGAGUUCGGCUCGAAUGGUGCGCACUGCGAAGACGCGGUUUGUGCUGUUGGCGCUGCUGCUGUUUGUGUUUGUGGCGCUGACCUACCUCUACCACUCCAGCCAGACCAAGGUGGACGAACUGAAAAAGCAUGUCGCCAACUGUGAUCAGCAACAGGAGUCGCUCGCUGCACAGCUGCAAGUUAUUUUCGAAUACAAACUAAGACUGGAAAAAUCGUUGCAAAAAGAAAAGGCCGAGCAUAAAGAAACUAAAGAAGAAUGCCAGAAUAAAGCACAAGAGGAAAAAAUAAUGAGAGAGAAAGAGACAAAUGAGGCAGUUGAUAAAUACAAUGCGUUAUCGCAGCAUUUCAAAUUACUAGAGAGCUCACAUAAAGAUCUAACAGAAGAUUGCGAUAAGAUAAGAAAAGCACAACUGGAAAAUGUGGACGAUAUAACAACUCUUGAAAAUAAGAUACAAUCACUAUUACAAGAGUUGAAACAAGUUCAGGAGUCCAAAAAUAAGACAGUAGAAACGUGGAAAUUGCAGUUUGAAGAAUUGCAAAAGGAAAACGACCGCCUGAAGAAGGAGAAUGCGCGAUUGAAGAGUAGUCCUGACACCGAGCAGAAUAAAUUGGAUUUUGUCAGUUUGGAGAACGAGUUGAAGAAUACAAAGACAGCACUGGAGCAGUGUAGGGCGGGAAAGCCCGUAUCAAUGAAGCAGGAACAGUCAGAGCGGCUCCAACGCUCAAGCCGUGGGUCCAACACCCAUAAAGCUCCUCUGCCCAAG